AUGGCUACUCGCACCAAUGUGAAUGAACAGCGGCCUCAGAUGGAAGAUGAGAUGUAUACCAAGAAUCCAUGUUCAAUGCACAGCAACCCACAGACAUGCAGCCGCCGUGUUGUUCGCUUUGCAUAUCUCAGGCUCGUAGGGUUUUCCACGGUGUUCGUGUUCGUAUUCACGGCGUGGAACGGGCUGCAGACCCUCCAGAGCAGUUUAUACAGCGAGCAUGGACUGGGGCUUACUGUUCUGACUGUAGGUUACAGCGUCAGUGCCCUGGGCGCUUUAUUCGCCCCAGUCCUGGUCGAAAAAAUCGGCUGCAAGAAAGCCAUCAUUGCAGGCAUCUGCUCAGCGAUUGGCUUCUUUUGUGCCAAUUUCUAUCCUCGGAUGUAUACCCUCGUUCCUACUGUCUUCGUUUUCGGGUUGCUAGGCAACGUGCUAAUGACUGCUGCUAGCUGUUUUGUCACCACCUUGGCUAUAAAAGCCGCACGAGCGUCUGGAAGGGAGGAAGACAUUCUAAUAAGUGGAUUUAAUGGGACGUUCGCGUCAUUCUUUAAAACCACUAACAUAUUUGGGAAUCUGAUUUCGUGGCUAGUGCUAAAACAGUCUGACCAUACGGGCCAAAACCAAUCGCUAGACACCAAAAAUGACACAUUUCUGUACAAUGUUUCCCAAAUGCAGCGUACUCAGGAUACAACAUAUACCAUCAAUGUAACUGUUUGUAGUUUAUACAGCGACCCAAGCAUCUUACGGAGUCUUCAUUCCCACGCUAGCACUCAGUCCCCAAAACCUGACAAAGAGUUAGUCUUGCUACUUGUUGGCGUGUAUGUAGCCCUGUCAGUUACUGGCGCUAUUGGUGCUCUGUUUCUAAUCAAAGAAGUCGAUGUCCACAAAGAUUCGACCCAUGAAAAGCCUCCACCAGCUAAAGUAACACAGGUGUCCCAAUUAAGACUUUCCAUAUUGUCCACUAUUCUUUUGCUCCGAGAAUUCAAGAUGGCGGCGUUGCUGCCAAUGAUUGCGUGGAGUGCGAUGCAUUUAGGGUUCCUGUUUGCGGAAUUUACAAAGGUAGGGCAGCUAUGUUGUAAAGAUGAUGGUUGGGUGUUCUUAUAAACCACACUACACCUGAGUCUCGGCGCUGUGUUGUACCUUUUAUUUUGGGAUUAGAUCUGUUGAAUCGAUAGAAAAGAAGCUGAAAACUGACAGAAGAGUGUUGUUUACAUUAACCAAAUUAGAUGCUUUGAAGUUCUC